AUGGAUGACACUGUGAAGACAGUUACUAGACAGGCAUUUACAAUAUCAGAUGCCUUGAACAAAACUGGUGGGUUUAUGAGUAUUCUCUUCGUUAUAACUCUCACUAUGAUUCAAUAUCUUUAGGAAACAAUCUACUUCACAUCGCUAGUGAAGAGUUUAUUCAAAUAUUAGUUAGUAAAGGAGAAAUAAAUUCAGCCCUAAUUUAAAGGAAUAAUCAGCCAGAUCAGAAAAGGAAGAGUAAUAAUUGAUCCAACUAACAGUAAUCAUGAUAACACAAAAAAGAAAGCUAUCAGUGAGCAGAGCUUAAGUGAAUAGAGUUAAUAGCAAUUUACCAAUAUUUACUGUAGUGCAGAUUAUAUAUACAUUUUCCUAGUUCAAGCAGAGAGUUAAACUAGAUUAUUCAAUUGCAGAUUUAUUGAGGACUUAGCUGAAAAAAUUUCGCUUUAGUUGCAGAAAACUUAGUUAAAAUGA